CGUCAACCUGUCGCGACAUUCGCCAUGGCGGACACCUGGGAAGAGGAGCUGCGUCAGAAGCUGCGCUGUGGAGAGGCCAUGGAAGCCAUGAAGGUCCUCAUGAUGCAGAUGCGAAGCUUCAGUGAAAAAGCAUGUGUUCUUCAGCUCGGCAUCGAUACCAAGAGUUUCUACACAGACCCUGCAGGAUUCGGCUUGGCAAUGAAGGAAGCUGGAGCCAGCAUGGAUGACAUUCAAAGGUUCCGUGCCAUCCUCCUCCACCGCGGUCGCAUCUUCUCGGCCCUGCAGCAGCCUGCGCGGGCGCAGCGCGACUUGCGCGCGGCGCAAGAUAUGGGUGCCGGAGGUGGUGAACUGCUCGAGGCCCUGCGCGAGGCUCGACAGGCGCUGGAGGAGUUGGAAGUCCUGGAACGGCAGAAGGAGAUGAAACAAAAGGUGCCUGUGACAGUUCUGACCGGUUUCCUAGGGGCAGGCAAGACGACCCUUUUGAACUACAUCUUGAAGGCUCGCCACGGCUUCCGCUACGCGGUGAUUGAGAAUGAGGUGGGCCAAAUUGGCAUCGACAACCAGUUGCUGGAUCGGAGCAGCAUGCAGCGAACGAGCGAGUCAGUGGUCCUCUUGGACAACGGCUGCCUGUGCUGCACCGUGCGCAGCGACCUGGUAGAGGCGGUGAAGCAGAUCCUGCUGAAGGCAGACACGGAGGCGGCAAACAGCACAGCGGCAAGGGCAGAGGUGAACUCCGACCGCGUGUUGGACGGCAUUUUGAUCGAGACCACCGGUCUGGCGGAUCCAGGACCUGUGUGUAAGACUUUUUAUGCAGAUCCUGAGCUUCGCAUGCGAACUCGAGUGGAUGGCGUGUUGACCUUAGUCGACACGGUGCAUUUCUUGCAACAACUGCAGCGGGAUCGCAGUGAGGGAUCUGUGAACGAAUCCGCGCAACAGGUGGCUUUUGCAGACAAAGUGCUGCUUAACAAGGUGGAUGCAGCGGGUUUAGAGCAAGUGGCGAAAGUGGAGGAAACCAUCCGUGGAAUGAAUGGCAUUUGCCCAAUGCUUCGCUGCAGUUUGUCCAAGAGGCCCAAGGAGAUCCCAUUGGAUGAGUUGCUGUCGAUGGAAAGUUUUAGUUUGGAGAAGGUCUUGGAAGAGCUUCAAGAGGAUGUGAGCCGCCCCUCUAAGCGCCCCAAGCACGGCGACCACGGGGACCAUGGCGACCACGGCCAUGGCCACGGCGAUGGCCAUGGCCACGGGGACCACGGCCAUGGCCACGGCGAAGAGACGAAGUUUCGGCAUGAUACUGGCGUGGGAACUUGCAGCUUUGUUUUCCACAAACCUCUGGUGCUGCAAAGAUUUACUCAGGUCAUGAACGCCUUGCGUGCGGAGCAUGCCGUGGACCUCUACCGUUACAAGGGGGUCGUUUGCAUCAAAGAGUCCUCCGGCCUUCUGCGGCGGGCGGUAUUGCAAGGGGUGCACGACAUGUGCGAAUUUGAACCUCGCGGAGAUUGGACGAACUCUCCAACCUUGUCACAGCUGGUCUUUAUCGGCAGAAAGUUGGAGAAAGAGAAGUGGCAGAAGCUCUUUGAGAAGUGUCAAACUGGCAUGUUGGAUGACCCCGAAGACGCCUGACGGCCG